GCCGCCUAUACACGUCUACAGUCCACACACACACCGACCGUCGAUCUCGUCUAGAACCCUCCAUUUCCGACGUCUGUCUCUUCCCAUUCUCUCUCACUAAUCGCUGUGCAUCCGUACUUCACAAGUAAACCUUUUAAGCAAACAAACAAGCUACUUGCUUUACCAAUCUGGCUACAAUCAUGGCCUUUCUAGCAAUUUCCAUGGUGAUUCUCUUGGCUAUGGCUGGUUAUUCAAAUGCAGCUUAUUGUGUAUGCAACACUGCACUGAGUAACGACGUUCUUCAAAAGAACAUUGAUUAUGCUUGUGGACAUGGCGCCGACUGUGCUCAAAUCUCUCAAAAUGGGGCUUGUGCUAACCCUAAUACAGUCAAGGAUCAUUGCAAUUUCGCAGUUAAUAGUUAUUAUCAAAAGAAAGGUCAAGUUCUAGGGAGCUGUGAUUUUUCAGGCACGGCUACUGUUAGCCAAACACCCCCUUCCGGUGCAAAUUCUGCUUGUUAUUCUGGGAACCCUAGUACUUCAACUCCAACACCACCAGCAACCGGAACCGGAACCCCGACCCCAGGAACCGGAACUGGAACCCCGACACCAGGAACCGGAACUCCAGGGACCGGAACCGGAACCGGAACUCCAGGGACCGGAACCGGAACCGGAACUGGAACUCCCGGGACCGGGACCGGAACAGGAACUAGAACUCCAGGGACCGGGACCGGAACCGGAACAGGAACUGGAACUCCCGGGACCGGAACCGGAACUGGAACUGGGAGUGGCACAAUGCCUGGAAUCAAUGUGAAUCCACAGAGUGGACUUGGGCCAACAGGAACAAAUGGGUUUGAUGACAACAGUGGUUGUGUGUCUAUUUACCAAAUUACUAACAUUUUCAUCUUGCCAAUUAUUUCGGUUGUUGGGUUGAUUUGGUUCAAGUUGAUUUAA